GGUCAGGCCAAUUGCUGUAAAGUUCGUCUGCUACUCUGUUUUCUACACACAAAUUACUUCAAAGUAAUGUGUUACAAUUUGGUGCGGUAAUUCUUUGUAAGAUUGGCUAAUAGAGCUGCAAAAAGCCCACAUUCAUUCAAAUAUAUCAAAGAUUGGUGAUAUACAAUGGGAUUACCGCCUAUUGUAACCGGAGUUUCGCCUAAGGAAGGGCCCCCAGGAACUCGAGUCACUAUACGAGGAGAAAAUUUUGGCAGUGGACCUGACGAUAUUAUUGGCCUUAUUAUUUGCAACUCUGACUGCUUACUGUCUGCUGAAUGGAUUUCAAGUAAUAAAAUUGUGGCCAGAUCUGGCCCAGGGAAGAGCAAAGGUGAUAUAGUUGUAAUCACCAAAUCUGGAGGAAAAGGGUCAUGCACUGUACAGUUUAGAGGCUACCAUGAAACAAUUGGUCCCUUGAAAGAAAGUGCAGUUUGGGUUGACGAAUCACAUUUAACUGGUCUAGGAAGACAUAGAGCUCUAAUUCCUUCGACCUUUCAACAAGAUGAUCCCCUAGGACUUUCUGUUGAAAAUGCUGUAAAAAAGUACCCAGAAGAAGAACUACAAGAAUUAUUUCCUGAAUCAAAUGGAGAACUUGGGAGUGAACAUUUUUCACCAUCUUGGUUCUUAUUGCAACAUCAUCAUAGCACUGGGUUUGAUGAUUUGAAAGCUGGACUUAGCUUUCUUAAACGUAGAGUUGAAGCUCAAAAAGAAGGACAAAUAUCUUUUUUAAAGACUCAUGCAGGUUCGGUAAUAGAACAGAUGGACACACUGUUGACUUUAAAAAAGGUUGUGGAAGAAAAUAAAACAAAAUAUGGACCGGAUAUGACAGCCUCGUUGGAAAAUUCGAUCUUGAGCGCAAAAAUCGAAGCUGGUCGCCUAUUUGACGAUGUCCUCAAACGUAAAGAGCAGGCUGAUGGAACAAGAAAUGCUCUAGGAAUUUUACAAAGAUUCCGAUUUCUGUUUCACUUACCCUCCACUCUUGAUAAAAAUAUUCAGAAAGCUGACUAUGAUUUAGUAAUCAAUGAUUAUGCGAGGGCAAAAGCUUUAUUUCGAAAUACCGAAGUACAGGUUUUUAAGAGAGUAUUGCUAGAAGCAGAACAGCGGAUUUUAAACCUUAGAGAGGUUCUGCAAGAGAAACUGCAGCAGUAUCCCACUUCGCUCGAAGAACAGAAAAAAAUUAUUAGAAACUUGACAAAUCUUGAAUGUCCAAACGAUCCAGCCUGGCUUUGUAUUGCAGGUCAAUACAAGCACUGUUCUCAGAUCUUGUUCCAAUGCAAAGAUAAAUAUUUGGGUUUGGAACAAGAAGAAAUAGGAAAAUCUGGGCCAUCAAAAGGAAAGCGAUCUAACAACCUGUUAUUACCAUCUUCUAGCUCGGCCGAACCUCCACCUAAUAGCACACCUGGAAGGGUAACAUUUAUUGAAGAGCUGAAUGAUCGAUUUAUGUCAGUAUUCCCAGAACUUUGGAGACUUGGUCAAGCCUAUUUUGCUGGAGAAUUGUUUGUUAGGACGGACGCCUUGAAAAAGGAUGAAUUUAAAAAAAUGGUGUUGGACGUGGUAACAAUUUUUAGCCAGCUUAUCAGAGCUGCCCUCGUUCCUCAUACAUUGGACCGUCAAUCUCCACAUAGAGCUCAGUUUGGUAUUUGGCAACCCUUCAGUGGUAUAUUUUCGGAUCAUGAAGGAAUAGGGUCCUGGUUUGUACUUUGUCUUCGCACUGUUCGUACUUGCUACGCCGAAUUGCUUACACUUGACUUGCCCACAGAAGCCAUUGAUGUAAUACGUGACCUACUUCACGAUUUGAGGGUCCAUUGCAUGAGGAGCCUAUUGAUGCAAGCCGCUGAAAACGUCACACAUCUGGCCAGUCAAGAGAACUGGAAAUUAGAGUUUAUUGAAUCCCAUGGAUCCAUCACCCAGUUGCCUCAUGUUUUUGAAACGCAAGUCAUCGAAUGCCUGCAACUAGUGAAGGAAACUGUAUUCCAAUCAGAACAACGUGAAACUAACUUGAUGGAAAAUGCAUCUGUGCUCAGCGACUUGAAUCUUCUAGUGCAAAAGUUAUUAUUCAGUUUUGCACGUAGCACAGAACGUUUGGCGUCUUCUGACCAGAAUCAUACGGAAGAUUUAACUCGCGAAAUGAAGUUGUUGCUUGGGCUCAGUAAUUGCCAAUAUACAAUGCUUCACAUUUUGCCCAGACUGAAAGAACAUUGGAAUAAACUGGGCUACCCUGAUCUGUCAGCUGCCAUUCAGGCAGCAAAGGAAUUACUGGCUAAAACCGAACAACGAUUGAUGGAAGCCUACCUAGAAGAGAAGGUUGAGCCCCUAAUCGGAAUUGUGGAACCUUCUAUGUAUGCUGGGCGAUUUGAUUGGAACAAGAAUCUUCCUAUUACCAAUGAUAUUCGGCCCUACUGCAAAGAAAUAAUUAUGAACAUGAUUGCUGUUCAUGCUGAAGUUGCCCAAGUUAGCCCUUCACUAGUGUCUCGUAUUCUCGAAAGAGUUGUACGUGAGGUGGCAGCAGAAUUGGGUCGGUUGUUUUCCUGCGUCAACAAAUUCUCCGAGAGCGGAGCACUUCAAGCAUCAGCAGACGUUGCCGCCUUAUCUAGAGCAUGCUUAAGGGUCAGGAAACAUUCCAAUGAAAUGCGUUCGGAGCCUGUCAAUCCUUUUUCCGAAGCAGCCGAUAUGAUACCACCACUUACGACAGAAGACAGUAUCGAGUCACAUAACAGAAUUCUGAUGAAUUUCGAAAAGCGCAUGAAGUUCCAGUUAUUUUGUCUCGACUUAAAGUAGCACAUCAGAAAUUCCUAUUAAUCUCUACUAUGUGCAAUGUCUGUUGUCGUUUUAUGUUUCAGCCUUUUCACUCGCGAUUUCGGAUCUGACGCAUGGAUUUCUAUUCAGAUGGUCAACCACGAAAUGUCAUUCGUAUUCUUUUCGACUUUAAAUCUACCUGUCAGCUUAUUCACAUUUGAAUCGGUCUCCUCCAUCGUGAUAAUAAUCAUUGUUACUCUAUCACGAUUUCCAACAACUUAAGAUUAUCCAACUAGAAGUGCUUUACUUCGAUACCAACAAAAGUGCAAUGCGCAACAAUUCAUAAUACUAGACGUUCGAAAGACGAAAACAUAAGACCAUUUUUGAAAGUUGACAGUUAAAUUUAAAAGCAGAAAACGGAGAGAUUGGAGCAAAUUUUCUUUUUCUGUUAUUACACACAACCAUUGACACCAGGA